AUGGCCUGGGAGAAUCAGACCUUGAACUCUGACUUCAUCCUGCUGGGAAUUUUCGAUCACAGUCCGUUCCACACCUUCCUCUUCACCCUGGUCCUGGCCAUCUUCACAGUGGCCUGCGUGGGGAACACAGUCAUGGUCCUGCUCAUCCUCCUGGAUGCCCAGCUGCACAUGCCCAUGUACUUCCUCCUCAGCCAGCUCUCCCUCAUGGACCUCAUGCUGGUCUGUACCACUGUCCCCAAGAUGGCGGUCAACUUUCUGUCUGGCAGGAAAUCCAUCUCGCUGGCAGGCUGUGGGACCCAGAUCUUCCUCUCUGUGUCCCUGAUUGGAGCUGAGUGUUUCCUGCUGGCUGCAAUGGCCUAUGACCGCUAUGUGGCCAUCUGCCACCCUUUAAGGUACCAGGUGCUCAUGAGCCAGAAACUCUGUGCCAUCAUGGUGGCUUCCUCCUGGAUUCUUGGCUCCAUCGAUGGUAUAAUUGAAGUAGCAGUUUCGCUGACCUUUUCCUAUUGUAGAUCUAGGGAAAUAGCCCACUUCUUCUGUGAUGUCCCUGCCCUGCUCACUCUUUCAUGCACAGACACCAAGACAUUUGAAAGGAUGAUAUUUGUCUGCUGUGUGAUUAUGCUCCUCUUCCCCGUAGCAACCAUCACUGCUUCCUACACUUGUGUUCUUCUGGCUGUCACUCGCAUGGGAUCUGGCGAGGGUCGCAGCAAAGCUUUUGCCACCUGCUCCUCCCACCUGAUGGUGGUGGGCAUGUACUAUGGAGCAGCAAUGUUCAUCUACAUGCGGCCCACGUCUGAGCGGUCACCCACCUGGGACAAGAUGGUGUCUGCCUUCUACACCAUCCUCACACCCAUGCUGAAUCCCCUCAUCUACAGCCUACGCAACAGGGAAGUCAGCAGAGCCUUCAUGAAGGUGGUAGGGAAGGUAAAAUGUGCCCUGUGA